ACAAAGAUGGUGCUCCCCGCGCAAGCUCCGCGGGCGCCGGCGCGUCCUGGGUAGCUUCCCGCUCCCCUCGUGUUGCCUGAUGGAUGCCAGAGACAAGCAGCUUUUACGCUCCCUGCGCCUGGAGCUCUGCACAGAGGUGCUGGUGGAUGGACUCGUUAUUCAGUAUCUCUACCAAGAAGGGAUUCUCACAGACAGUCAUGUUCAAGAAAUAAAAGCCCAAACCACUAGUCAGAGGAAAACUAUGAUGCUCCUUGAUAUUCUCCCCACCAGAGGACCCAAAGCUUUUGAUGUGUUCUUGGAUUCCUUGCAGGAGUUCCCAUGGGUUAAGGACAAGCUGAUGCGGAAGCGUAAGGAAAUGACAAUACAAGAUCCUUCAGACUUCCCUGAAGUUGCACCAUGCAUUUUGAAGAUGUCACCAACAGAUCAGCAGCUGAACAAGCUGGCAAGGAGGCUGGGACCUGAGUGGGAGCAUGUGGCUCUGUGCUUGGGUUUGUCCCACACUGACAUCUAUCGAUGUAAAGUCAAUCACCCUCACAACCUGCAGUCACAGAUUGUAGCUGCGUUUGUGCUGUGGAAACAGCGCCUGGGGAAAAAAGCAACAAUCCAGAGCCUGCACUCCAGUCUGAUGGCAGAGGAAGUGGAUCCUUCAGUGAUACAGUACAUGCUUGAGUGAAGCCAUGCCAUUUAUUCAGAGCCUCCACGGGUUUCGUUCAAUUCAGUGAAGAGGAUGGAAAUGUAUGUUGAAGAUUGGAUGCUUCAAGCUGUAAAAAAAAAUGGGGCUGGGAACUGUGAUUUUAUUAAGCUUAAACAUUCCAGUUUUCUGUGGCAUCUUGUGACUUGUAAUUCUUUUCAUGCCAGAUUAAUUUUUAUCAGGCAUUAAAAAAUGGAUCACUCUU